AGUUCGAAUGAGUCCAAAUCCGAAUCGGUCCAAUUUCCCGACUUUUAAUCCGAUGACCCUCGAAAAUCCGGCGGAAGUCCUUGGCUGAUCUCAUGAGCUCUUUUGUCAUCUUCGGAAUUCUUGGAAAGUUCUUGGGCAAUAUUCAGAAUAAUUUUGCCUUCCCAUGAACGAAAUUAACAAACAAUACGCACACAACCAUCGGUUAACCAAUCAGAAUACAGUAAUUUUCCGAUAUAAGGAGAUACGCUGUCCAGAAGACGUUUACGUUUUUGAAGGAGAAAGUAUUUUUGAGGACGUGUUUAUCGGAGAUCGAAGAAGCUAUAAGCCCAGCCGCGAACCAACCGCCUCUCCCCGAAUGCAAAUUUAUAAAGGGGAAACACGUUUCACAUGGCGACCACACUGAAGCGAAGGAAUUGCCCAUUGUUUUUGUAGAACCUACCAAUUAAGCUAUCAUACGUUUACACAAAGGGAUCAGACAAAGAAUAUACAAUUGAGCUUUAUUUCAUAGAAGAAUUUCACAACAGCGCAAAGAAGGAAACAACCAGAACAACGUACGAGAUGGUUUUCUUUCAAGACUUCGUCAGUGUGUUGAUUUUGUUACUUGUUCUUUUCUCCAUUGCACAUGCUCAUGGAGAUCACGACUCGGCCAUGCACGAGUCUGCGCACAGCAAAGAACAUAUCAAAGAACAUCUUAAAGACGAAGCGGAAGUCAAUUUAGACGAAAUGAGUGACGAAGAAUUUCAUUUCUACUACUUCACACUUCACGAUCAUGACCAGAACAAAAAACUGGACGGUCUUGAAAUUCUUUAUGCCAUGAAUGAUCACCCAAAUGGAACGGAUGGAAAUCCUUCAUAUCUCACAGAAGAGCAGGGCGUGGAAUUGGUGGAUAAAGUCUUGGAAAGAAUGGACCAAAAUUCUGAUGGAUAUAUCGACUAUCCGGAAUAUACAAAAUCACUGACACGGCAUCAUGUGCACGAGAAUCCUCAGUGAUUACUGUAACGGCACCCUUGUGCCUUUUGUGUCACGUCUGUUAUGUUUUCGUGACGAUUUGAUUUUCCGUCAUUACUUUCGUCAUUACUUCCCAGCAUGCGCUUUAGUUAGUUUUAGUGGUUUCGACCACGCGGUGCCCUUGUAGCCCGGAAAGGCGUAAGUUUUCUGUCGUUUCUCGCAUUGUAUUUUUCCUCUUUUUGUUCUCUACCACUCACAGCGUUAUGUUAUUUCAGUUUUGACAGUUUUACUCUGGAAAUAAAGUUGUUCAAGCCACA